AAUUAGGUUGUGUUAAAAGGCGAAGAAUUGGGGGUAUUGAAGAAACAAAAGUGAAAAUGGCUGUAGCGUACGAAUAAUGGCAUUUUCCGGGAUGUCGGCGAAGAUAAAGAAGUCGGUCCACCUCUUCUCCAGUUUUGUUCACGUGGAGAACAGCUGCUGGUUGUUUACAAGUGCCUCACGAGAAAAGAUCGAAACCUAGACUCUGUUAGACUCUGUUAGACUGAUCUAAAGCUAUCACAAUGAUGAUGGAAAUGCACCUGACCCUUUUGACUACCCUCCUCAAUUUACUGGCAGGUGUGCAGUGCUUGAGACCCAAAUUAGUAUAUGUGAAACCAGGUGAGAUGGUAGCACUGCACUGUCCUCAUAAAAAUACUGAAGCUCAACUGAUCUGGACCAUUCCUACCAGUCAGCAGUUGAAUCUGACUGACAGUAAGUCAACAUUAGCUUAUCAAAGGCAGAUGGGUGUGCUGAUUGAUGGACGGAGCCUUAUUAUUCUCAGAGUUUCUUCAAGCCAUGAGGGGAAUUACUCGUGCUCUCAUAGGAAUGCCAGCAACCACUUCUGGUUUACGCUGAUUGUGUAUUCAAUACAGUCCAGAGAGAAUGAGGAAAGAGGCCGGUAUCCUACAACGUGUUACACACAAGAGCCCUGCAUGCUGUAUUGUCCCGAUGUAAAUAUCCCUCGGGUGAAUAGCUCCAAUAUUACCAGCCACAGCAUUACAUGGGACAAGAAGGGCAACUCAUCACCUACACAGAAUUAUUUCUUGAGUGUGGAGGAAGAAGACAGCGGUGUCUACACCUGCACCCGCUCCUACGUAUAUGAUGGUCAAAUUUACAACAUGACCUUUACAGUGGUACUUGAUGUCAAACCAAGCAAACAAAUCGGUCAAUCAGUGAUUCUGGCACCUAAACAAAACGAUGUUUUUCCUGUAGAUUUAGGCUCAACGGUGGUGAUUGAAUGUAAAGCUGACUUGUAUUCGAAUGCUGACAUUGUUUUCUGGCUAAGUGGGGACACAUUUGUAGAAACAGAUGACAAUCUACCAGUUUUCUACAAUGAAUCUCAGGAAGAGUAUGGAGACAAAAUAAAGAUGACAACGUUUUUAAUCUUUAAAGAAGUAUCAGAGGAAGAUCUGUCAAAAAACUUCACCUGCAAGCUGCAAUCUGACCAUCAGCUCUCAAGUUUCGUCACUAUUACUUUGACACAUAAAGCUCGUUCAGUUUCCCUCUUGAUGCCAUUCUGCAUUGUUGGCAUCAUGGUGCUUGUGAUCAUCAUAGUUGCAACUGGUUGUGCAAAAUUCAAAAUCGACAUAGCUCUUUUCCUGAGAGACACAUUUGGCUGCUAUGUCAACUCUUCAGAUGUAAAAAGCUACGAUGCCUAUUUGCUGAGUUACAAUAGUGCCCAAGGACUGAGUGAAGGUGACAGAAGGUGGCUGGAGAGUGUUUUGGAAGAGAGGUUUGGAUACAGUCUCUGCCUCUUCAAUUAUGAUGCAUUACCAGAGAAAGCUGGUGCAGAGGCUGUGAUCACCUGCACAGAGCAGAGCCGUUCUGUGGUUUUGGUUCCCAGCUCAUCAAAUUCUGAUCCAGGUUCUGACCUGCUGAACAACAUCCUUGCAAUUCUUGUGGAACGCCAAACUCAUUUGGUCUUCAUCAUACCCGAGAUAAUACAAGUGUCAAACAGAAACUCAAGACCAGAGGCAUUAAAACAUCUUCGUGAGAACAGAAACUGUGUCAUCUGGAAAGACAGGAAGUCCAAAGAGCACAACUCCUCUUUCCUGAAAAUGCUUCGGUAUUACCUACAUGCCCCGCAGCAUGCCACAAGAGUUCUGCGUCACACAAAAUCAGAUGUUGUUUAAUAUUUAACUAAAUCAAAACAAAGAUGUAGCUCAUGUCAUGCUUUCAUUACUUGACAAAAUCGUGCAAGAAAAUAGAUAUUCAACCCAAGCAAAACAUCCCAGAUGGGGAUUCAAACCAGGGUCAGCAGCAUCAAGUAAAGGAAACCAGUUCAGCCAGUCAAGCUUUUAUUAUUUAAAUCAAAUAAGUAUGCGUAAUAUAAAAUGUUUAACCUUUUUAUUCACUUAUUUAUAUUUUGAUUUCUCAAUUAUAACAACCUACUUCUCUGUAUUUUGUUUAGUAAAAAAUAUUGUAAUGCUAUUCUUGAUGAUAUUGUAAAUCACAUGCACGCAAUAUCUAUUAAAUUAGAUA